AUGCAACGCAAACAGAGAACAGGCAAAUUUGACUGGGAAGAAAAAGGGUAUCAUCUGAGGUCAAGAUGCGGCAGUUCAGGUUGUUGCGAGGGCGGGGGAGGCGCAGAGAAACGGCAAUGUUCCGAGGUUGAUGAAAUGUAUGAGCCUGUGGACGUCAUGUUGAGGCUCAAGAGUGCUGCAGAAAAUAUGCAUCUGGACCUGCAGUGUAAAGAGCGAGACGAACUGCAACACGUAUUGAGACGAACUCGACAAGGAUGUGUUUCGUCUGGCGCGCGCCACAAGACAUCACCCAAUAAGUCAUCACCCAUUGAUAUUGGGGGUUUGUGUUUCGGGGAGAUGGUUGCCGAUUUCCGGAUCGACAGAGCAGAGUUACCAACAGUCAACUUAUUGUGUGAUGAGGAAGGGUUUCAGGCUGAGUCAGUAGGCGCUGGGCUCGUGCGUCGGCUGAUAUCGCGAUGGAUACGCUUCUUGUUUUGGUGUUGUAGAAGGAAUCCGCGAGCAUUGGAGGUACAAUGGGAUACAAUGGAGUACAUGUCGUGCUCGGGGCUCCUCAGCUUUGAUCCCCGCGGUGGCUGCCUCCGCCAAAUGUGGCUCGUGGUGGUGAUGGUCAUGGUCAGCAGAGGCACGGAAAAGUCAACAUGGGAAUCAUUAAUAUUUGUUGUGUCUGGGUCUAGUAUCGACAUGGAAGCCGAACCGAGGUAG